AUGAACUAUUUUUCUUUAAUCACUUACUUCAUAUUUUUAAUAACAUACUUACCUAGUAUAGAAGUAUAUGCUUAGUCGGUAGCCACUUUGCCUAUGCCCACUAAUUAUAAAGCUUUGAGCUCAGCAUUUCUGAAUUCAAAUAAUAUAUUGAUUUGUGCAAAAACUCCUUAAGCUGCAGGAACAAAUGGCGAUUUCUUAUACAGUAAAUACUAAAAUAUUAAUCAAAAUCUGUCAACCUUUUAAUAAUAAAUUCAAAAAAAAGUUUAUGAUCUCUCUCAGAAGAAAUCACAGUACUUCCCUUUAAGCUGCUUAUUUGUUGGUCAAUUAUCAGAUGCAACCUUCUUUUUAGCUGACCAAACAACAUAUAAAUUUUAUUCUUUUAGCAGCAACUAAGUUUCUUUAAUCACAUCUUAUAAAAUAUCUUCAAACCAAGGUGGAAUCGCUUUCUAUAAAAACUUAAACGAUGAAUAAAUCUAUUUAUCUUUUAAUGAUGGCAGCGCAUACUUUGGAAGGGCAAAUAAUCUUUAUGAAUUGAGAUAUUGUGAUCAAACACCUGUAUCAGACAUUGCAUUUGUAAUAUUAGCCUUUAUUGAAUGA